GAAGUUAUUCGCGAAAUGAAUCCUGCGAACGAAACCAGAGCUGAAAGGAGCGCGGAGCAAUACCUUUUUGCAGCUGGCACCUACAAACUUCUCGCCUUCACCAUCGGGACCAUCGGAGUUUUGGGGCUUUGCAACAACGUCGUUGUCAUCCUGCUGUACUACCGAUUCAAGAGGCUUCAGACGCCCGUCAAUCUGCUGCUGCUCAACAUCAGCGUGAGCGACUUGCUGGUGUCCGUCACCGGAACAAACUUUACGUUCGUCUCGUGCAUCCGCGGCGGAUGGAUUUGGAGCUCGGCGACAUGCGCGUGGGACGGGUUCUGCAACAGUUUAUUCGGUAUUGUCUCCAUCAUGACUCUGUCGGCCCUGGCCUACGAGCGCUACAUCAGGGUGGUCCAUGCCCAGGUGGUGGACUUCACUUGGGCCUGGCGGGUCAUUGCCCAUAUCUGGCUGUAUUCCCUGGCCUGGACGGGGGCUCCCCUGCUGGGAUGGAACCGCUACACCCUGGAAAUCCACAAGCUGGGCUGUUCCCUUGACUGGGCCUCCAAGGACCCCAAUGAUGCCUCCUUUAUUCUUUUCUUUCUCCUGGCCUGUUUCUUUGUGCCUGUGGGUAUCAUGAUCUACUGCUACGGGAACAUCCUCUACACAGUGCGAAUGCUGCACUCCAUCCAGGACCUUCAGACAGUUCAGAUAAUUAAGAUCCUGCGCUAUGAGAAGAAGGUAGCUGCGAUGUUCCUCCUCAUGAUCUCCUGCUUCCUGGUGUGCUGGACGCCCUAUGCUGUGGUGUCCAUGAUGGAGGCCUUCGGCAGAAAGAAAAUGGUCUCUCCCACAGUGGCCAUCAUCCCCUCUUUCUUUGCCAAGUCCAGCACAGCCUACAACCCCCUCAUCUACAUCUUCAUGAGCAGAAAGUUUCGACGCUGCUUGCUGCAGUUUCUUUGCUCCCGACUCUCGUGGCUGCAGCACAGCAUCAAAGAACGCCCACUCGCCCCUGUCGAGCGACCCAUCCGGCCCAUUGUUAUCUCCAAUGGGUGCGGCAGCAGGGAUCGACCUAAGAAGAGAGUCAGGUUCAGCUCUUCGUCCAUUGUGUUCAUCAUCGCCAGUAACGACGUCCACAAUCUGGGAACGACCUCCAAGACCGGCAUCACCUCAGAGGUCAACGUCAUCCAGGUGCGACCGUUGUGA